AAUUUAAUAAUUAUAUGAGAUAUAACAUUUCUAAAUAGAAAUGUUGCUGACUAUUUGCCAAAGUUCUGCAUUCAUUGACAGGAUCCCCUGGAUUAGUGCUAAUUGUAGUUUUCAUAAUGCUACUUUUAGCAGAAGUAAGACUUAUUGAUGUAGUUUGGUCUGGGUUUGAUGCUCUUUUUGUUGAUGACUGCUACACUAUCAAUAUUCCCACCAAUGGGAAAUAACCUCGACUUGGAUUAUGGGUGUGACUCAUUCAGCCUGCAACUUGCACUGCCUCUUGUAUCCUUAAAUGGGCAAAACACUGCUUCAAUACUACUCUUCCUCUCUCUUCACUUUCUCUUUUAUUUCAACAAUACAGUUAGCGGUAUUAAUAAAUGUUCCGGCAUUCAUCUUCCAUAUUUCAUCAAGCUGUAAAAUGAAACAUUUCUGAACACUUCCUAUGAAGAAGUGCGCUGUUUUCCCCCAGUGUCUUUUUUUUUCCAGUUCUCACUUCCUUCAUCUUCAUAUUAUUUUCUUCAUAUUGCUGUUUUCUGCCACGGGAUUACGGCAUCAAGAAACUUUGUGGACUCCGAGAAGACGGAUGAGCAGGGCAAGCUACCGGAUGGAACAAGUCAAAACAAAAAUAGGGAAGAGGGAUGUCGAGAGUCCUUUCUGACUUGUGCAACUGCUGGUGUUUCUUCCCAACCACUUUUCACAGUGUCCCUCACAGGCACAGCCGAAAGGAAAUCCCAUCUUUGUGCUCCUCCUCUUAUCUCGACGGUGUAGCGAGAGGGUGGGACCCAUGAAAGUGGUCACAAACAUCUGUGGGGUGAGGAAGCGUUGCCACGGCAGCGGAGUUAUCUGCAUCCUCCAUGUAUUUCCUCACAGCCUGAGGACCCCAACGGGGGGUGAAGUGAACUUAGGGAGGAGUCAGAUGCUUGUAUGCUCGCUUGGACAGCAGCUGAAGUCCUCCAUGCCAGAUCGUGCUGGGCCUUCACUAGCCUGGGGCUGUCUGCUUGUUUUUGACACAUCACAGGGGAUCCUGCACAUUCGGAGCCAUGUGUCCAGUUGGGGCCCGGGGGCUGUGGGCGCUGCUGUGGGGUCUAAGCUUGAUCAGCUGGACAGAAGUGGCGGCUUCACCGUCCAACUCUCCUGCGCCCCCCGCUCACAGAAAGCCUCUCUACAGCUUUGGCAGGAGCUUUCUGGGCUUGGAUAAAUGCAACGCAUGCGCCGGUACAUCCAUCUGCAAAAAAUUCUUCAAAGAAGAAAUCAGAUUUGAAAGGUGGCUGUCCCCCAGGCUGCAGCUGCCCCUUACCUACAAGAAUAGCUACCAGGGGAACUACACCGACGACUCGGAGUCCUGGAGGCCAGUCUUCAUCUCCCGCAUGAUGCCCCAUCACAAACACGAGGCCUCGGACCUCAAGAUCUGCAGCUCAGCCGGCCAGCGCCAUUCGUGCAGCAUCGAGGGCGUGCUGAGGAACACCAAGAGGUUCCAGAGCUGGGUCCUCUCCAGCCUGCUCACGCCCCACAUGGUCCAGGGUUUGACCAGUCCCAUGCUGCGCUGUACCUCCCAGCGGCUCCUGGAUCGCAUUGUGCGGCGCUACGCAGAAGUUUCAGAUGCGGGGAGCGUUCAAAUGAAGCAUUUUGCCGAGCGGGAUAAACUCAGACUGCUCUACACCCUCUCCGUCAACCAGCAUCCCCUGAUGUUACAGAUUUUUCCCGGAUCAGAGGGAUGGCCUUUUCCAAAAUACUAUGGCUCCUGUGGAAGAGUGAUAGUAACCACCAGCACGAACCCCAUAAAGCAGUUCUACAGCGCUGCAUUCGAGGCCAGAGCAGACGUUGCUUAUCAGCUGCUGAGCAUCACCCAGUCUCUGAGGACCAAUGGCUUUAACUAUGUCCUGUACUACACCAGCGUCAGUGAGGACAUGUUUGGCACUUUUGAGGAUGGAAGGCUUUUCAUCACAGAUGCCAGCACCAUAGGGGUCAUCGACAAGCAGGAAGGAUUCCUGGACGGUGCCGUGCAGCAGGAGAACUACACAGAUGUCUUCUCGUGCUUGAAUUUAAACUGCAGGAGGCCCCCGCCUUGCCGCACAGUCAGAGACGCCCAAAGCGUGCUCCUCAUCUGCAGAGACAUUCUGCCCAAGCUGCUGAUUUCCAACGACAAUCCGACUGGAUCCCGCCAGAAGGACAUAAGCAGCCUGUUGCACAUCUGCGCGGAUAGGACGCUUUUGGACAGGAGCAUCAUAAAGGCAGCCAACACUCUCAUGAGCCUCUUGAGACCCCUGCGGCCUUGCAAUCAGCACUUUAGUUACAGAUACCCGGAAUGCAGAUACGGGAGUGAGUUCUGAGUCACGACAAGCCCAUCAGACUUACAACAGUUAUUGUCAUUGUUAAAGCGAGAAGUACUGGACACAAGUGAGACGACGGUAAUUACGGUCUCAGAUUGAUCCUUGUUUGAAAAAGAAGAACGUCUAACACAUUAUGGCGAUUCAAUAGCCAUUCCAGGGCUUAAAAUUAAAAUAUACAAAAAGACAA